AUGGGGAAAAUCCCAACAGGAAUAGCCCUCCGAGGCAGGAAUAUAGAGAUCGAAGAAGUGACUUGCCCGCUAUGCAAAACCAGUGACGAAACGAUUAAUCACUUAUUUACUUCUUGCAUUGUGGUGAGUAGGAUCUGGCACCAAAUUUCGAUUUGGUGCAAAGUUGUGUCUUUUAUUGUAUACACGGUCAGGGAGCUUUUGGAUCUUCACGAGCACAUCGGGUUGAGAGGUUUGGCUAAAGAGAUUUCUCAUGGGAUUGUUAUGAUUAGUUGUAUAAGUAUUUGGCGCACCAGAAAUGGUGUUAAGUUUUCGAAUAGUCAAGCUCGGGUGGAGGACAUCUUUAGUGAAAUCAAAUAG